UUUGAAAUCAGCUGUGUCUCUCAAACUUCUAUGUGAAGAGGCCCAUUAAUCUGCAGGAACCGAUUCACCUCUAAGAGUGCUGAUUCAUCAAUGGAGGAAUUUAUCCCAGAAGAGAAGGAUAACACGACUGGCAACAAAAUGAGAUCCCUGGCAGAGAGCCAAAUCUUCAAACACCCAGAAAGGACUCCUGAUCAGAGUCUGGAUUGUUUUGGUGAAGGACAACUGGAUCAGCCUAUGCAAGCUGUGAAGAAACCAUACUGCUGUAGCCUGUGUGGGAGCAGAUUCAGGACAUCCCACAGUCUGAAGAUUCAUCAGCGUGCUCACACUGGAGUAAAACCUUACCUCUGUGACCAGUGCGGGGAGAGUUUCAGGCAGAUAGUGGAUUUGAAUUGUCAUCAGCGUAUCCACACUGGAGAAAAGCCUUACACAUGUAACCAGUGUGGGAAGAGUUUCAGCCAUUCAAACACUCUGAAGUCUCAUCAGCUUAUCCACACCGGAGAAAAGCCUAACCUAUGUAACCAGUGUGGGAAGAGUUUCAGGCGUCUGGGGAAUCUGAAGUCUCAUCAACGUAUCCACACUGGAGAAAAGCCUUACCCAUGUAAACAGUGUGGGAAGAGUUACGGGCGUCUGGGGAAUCUGAAGUCUCAUCAACGUAUCCACACUGCAGAAAAACCUUACCUAUGUGACCAGUGUGGGAAGAGUUUCAGACAUCCAUGGACUCUGAAGUCUCAUCAGCUUCUCCAUACUGGAGAAAAGCCUUACCUAUGUAACCACUGUGGGAAGACUUUCAGGCAGAUAGGGGAUUUGCAUUGUCAUCGACGUAUUCACACUGGAGAAAAGCCUUACCUAUGUGAUCAGUGUGGGAAGAGUUUCAGGCAGAGAGGGGAUUUGCAUUAUCAUCAGCUUAGCCACACUGGAGAAAAGCCUUACCUAUGUAACCAGUGUGGGAAGAGUUUCGGGCGUCUGGGGAAUCUGAAGUCUCAUCAGCGUAGCCACACUGGAGAAAAGCCUUACUUAUGUGACCAGUGUGGGAAGAGUUUCAGCCGGCCAGGGACUCUGAAGUCUCAUCAACGUAGCCACACUGGAGAAAAGCCUUACCUAUGUAACCAGUGUGGGAAGAGUUUCGGGUGUCUGGGGACUCUGAAGUCUCAUCAGCGUAGCCACACUGGAGAAAAGCCUUACCUGUGUGACCAGUGUGGGAAGAGUCUCAGCCAUGCAAAGAGUCUGAAGUAUCAUCAGCGUAUCCACACUGGAGAAAAGCCGUAUGUCUGUGACCAGUGUGGGAAGAGUUUCACUCAAUUGGGGAAGUUGAAUUGGCACAAGAAAAUCCAUUCUGUGAAAAGCGGCUACUCUAAUUUCAUCUGUGAGCUUGAAGGUUCAUAUACAUAAUCACACACGUUUAGAAUACAUAUGUUCUGUAAACAAGUGUCUAAAAUGACAUGUUCUGUGAAUCUUUCUCAAUAACCUUCGUAUUCAUAAAACUUAAA